AGAUCCAACGCGAGCUCAUUGACUCAUUCAGAGUUUCUCGUUUCAGUUAUCAACAACAAUUUUUUCUUAUUGAUAUUGAAUUUUGAAACCAAGAGAAAUUCCCCGUUUUUUGAUUAUAUCAAAAAAAAAUUAUGACCGGCCGUGGUAAGGGAGUGAAGGGAAUCAAGGGAUUGGGUAAGGGAGGAGCGAAGCGUUAUCGUCGCAUUAUACGCGACAAUAUUCGCGGUAUAACGAAACCAACAAUUCGUCGAUUGGCACGUCGUGGCGGUGUGAAACGGAUUUCGAAUUUGGUGUACGAGGAGGUUCGUUGUGUUUUGAAAUUGUUUCUGGAGAAUGUGAUUCUUGACGCUGUCACCUAUACGGAGCACGACAAGAGGAAAACAGUCACCGCCAUGGACGUUGUUUAUGCACUCAAACGUAGAGGACGUCCGCUUUAUGGUUUUGGAGAUUAAAAAUCAAAAAAUUACAUCAUGAGUGCCGAGUCAUUGUCAGAGGAUAUAAUCAUUUCAAUAACAAUCGGCCCUUUUCAG